AUGUCACGUUUUGAAAUAUACUCUCCGGAGGGUCUACGUGUAGAUGGUCGUCGUUGGAAUGAACUUAAAAGCUUCAAUUGCUCUAUAAAUACCCACCCCAAUGCCGCAGAUGGCUCUUCAUAUUUGGAGCAAGGUAACAAUAAAAUUAUAACUUUGGUAACAGGGCCCCAAGAACCUUCUUCCAAAGGUCAAGUCAAUGUGAAACAAGCCAAAUUAUCAGUAACUAUAAAUCAGACAAAAUUCGCUAAAAUGGAAAGAAGUAAAUCCAGUCAUAAAAACGAGAGACGUAUUUUAGAAUGGCAAACGUCACUUGUACGUACUUUUGAGAAGAGUUUGAUGUUGCACUUAUAUCCUCGUACCUCAAUCGAUAUUCAAAUUCAUGUUUUACAACUAGAUGGUGGAAUUCUUGGAGCUAUGCUCAAUGGUAUGACUUUGGCACUAAUAGAUGCUGGUAUUGCUAUGUACGAUUUUAUAAGUGGCGUGUCUGUGGGAUUGUACGACACCACUCCUCUUCUAGAUUUAAACUCAUUAGAAGAAAAUGCAAUGAGUAGUGUCACUAUAGGAACUGUUGGUAAGACAGAGAAACUAUCAUUAUUAAUGGUUGAAGACAAAAUUCCUUUAGAUAGACUUGAGAGCGUCAUGGCUAUAGGAAUAGCUGGUACUCAUAGAAUCAGAGAUCUAAUGGAUAAAGAGCUAAGGAAGCACGGAAAGAGGAGAGUUGGAAAUUCAUCCAACUGA